GGGAGGGGAGUCUGAGUUGGUCCUUUAGGCUGGAAGUUGUUUCUCUGAAGGGAAGGCACGCAAAAUUUUAGGGCCAGUUUCUGAAGGAUACCUCAGUUCUGUUCGAAGAUCCGUACCAACCCUAAUUCGAUAGUGGCUACUGGUCGCAGAGGACAGCUUGUCUUCCGGAACGAAGACAUCGCAUACAGUUUGUUUCCGGGCGGUUGCCCGAGACUGGUGCCCUGUUGCGCCCCGCCCCUUGCACGGCCACGUCCUACCGGAGCCGCAGGGUUGGGCCGCUACGGGAAUCAUGGUAUUGCUUGGUUUGACUUCAAGCCAUUUAUGAGACUUUAAACCUUACCCUGAAAAUGGAAAACAGAGUAAGAUCCUUCUUAGAAGCUCUGAGCUGUUGCUGAUGGCAAAAAGCAAACUUAAUCCAGAGUUACCUGUAGCUCCUCAAAGUCUUCUUAGUCUGGGCUGCCCUGACCAUGGAUGGAGCAUCAGCCAAACAGGAUGGCCUCUGGGAAAACAAGUCUAGCAGUGAUAUUUCAUCUUGCCCUGAAGCCUCACUGGAAACUGUGGGCUCUUUGGCCCGACUGCCUGACCAACAAGAUACAGCUCAGGAUGGCAGUGUUGAGGUAAACAGAGUUUUUAAGGAAGAAGGAAGCCCAGACAGAUCCAGCCAGGUGCCCAUCUGUCAGAAUGGGCAGAUCCCAGACCUUCAGUUGUCUCUCGAUCCCACAACAAGCCCAGUGGGACCUGAUGCCUCUACAGGUGUGGAUGGUUUCCAUGACAACCUAAGGAAGUCUCAGGGAACUAGUGCUGAGGGCAGUGUUAGAAAAGAAGCUUUGCAGUCUCUCAGACUCAGUCUUCCCAUGCAAGAAACGCAACUGUGCUCUACUGCAUCUUCACUGCCCUUGGAAAAGGAGGAGCAGGUCCGACUGCAGGCCCGGAAGCGCCUGGAAGAGCAGCUGAUGCAAUACCGAGUUAAACGCCAUCGGGAAAGGUCCAGUCAGCCGGCAACUAAAAUGAAACUUUUUAGUACACUUGAUCCUGAGCUCAUGUUAAAUCCAGAAAACUUGCCAAGGGCCAGUGCUGUAGCUGUGACAAAAGAAUAUUCCUUCCUGCGUACCAGUGUUCCUCGGGGGCCCAAGGUAGGCAGCUUAGGGCUGCUGGCACAUUCUAAAGAGAAGAAGAAUUCCAAGUCAAGCAAGAUUCGGUCUCUGGCUGACUAUAGAACUGAAGAUCCAAGUGACUCUGGUGGCCUUGGUUCUACUGCUGAUGCUGUUGGAAGUUCCCUGAAACAGAGUAGAAGUAGCACUUCGGUUGUGUCUGAAGUGAGCCCAUCAUGUGAGACUGAUAACCGUGCAGAGAGUGCCUCACUGGCUGGGGACAGUGUGUCAGAGGCUGAUGGAAAUGAGAGUGACAGUUCCUCACACAGCAGCUUCUCUGCCCGAGGGGCCUGUGCUGUCCUGGGGAAUGUCGGCACGCCAGGAGCAGCUUACGUGGUUGAUGGCCAGGAGAUUUCUGCUGAGGCCCUGGGCCAGUUUCCUUCGAUUAAAGACGUGCUACAGGCUGCAGCAGCCCAGCACCAAGAUCAGAACCAGGAAGCCAAUGGGGAGGUGCAGAGCCGCAGAGACAGCAUCUGCAGCAGUGUGUCCAUGGAGAGCUCUUUUGCUGAACCACAGGAAGAAUUGUUGCAGAUCCUUAAAGAUAAGAGGAGACUUGAAGGACAGGUGGAGGCUUUGUCAUUAGAAGCCAGUCAGGCACUUCAAGAGAAGGCUGAGCUACAGGCCCAGCUUGCUGCCCUGAGCACAAGGCUACAGGCACAGGUGGAACACAGUCACAGCAGCCAGCAGAAGCAAGACUCCCUUAGUUCUGAAGUGGACACUUUGAAGCAGUCUUGCUGGGAUUUGGAGCGGGCCAUGACUGACCUGCAGAACAUGCUAGAAGCUAAAAAUGCCAGCCUGGCAUCGUCAAACAAUGACCUACAAGUGGCAGAGGAGCAGUAUCAGAGACUGAUGGCCAAAGUGGAGGCCAUGCAGAGAAACAUCCUCAGCAAGGACAACACAGUUCAUGACCUGCGGCAGCAGAUGACAGCGCUACAGAGCCAGCUCCAGCAAGUACAGCUGGAGCGCACAACACUGACCAGCAAACUACAAGCAUCACAGGCUGAAAUCACUUCUUUGCAGCAGGCCCGGCAGUGGUACCAACAGCAGCUUGCUUUGGCCCAGGAGGCCAGAGUCAGGCUGCAAGGAGAGAUGGCCCACAUCCAGGUCGGACAGAUGACUCAAGCGGGCCUUUUGGAGCACCUGAAGCUUGAGAAUGUGUCCCUAUCGCAUCAGCUAACAGAAACUCAGCACAGAUCCAUCAAGGAAAAAGAGCGCAUAGCUGUUCAGCUCCAGAGCAUUGAGGCUGACAUGUUGGAUCAGGAGGCAGCAUUUGUACAGAUUCGGGAGGCGAAGACAAUGGUGGAAGAAGACCUCCAAAGGAAGCUGGAAGAAUUUGAAGGUGAACGGGAACAGUUACAGAAAGUGGCCGAUGCAGCAGCGUCCCUGGAGCAACAGUUGGAACAGGUGAAGUUGACAUUGUUCCAGCGAGAUCAGCAGCUGGCAGCACUUCAGCAGGAGCAUCUAGAUGUGAUAAAGCAGCUUACAUCGACACAGGAGGCUCUACAGGCCAAAGGGCAGUCCCUCGAUGACCUGCAAACACGUUAUGAUGAGCUACAAGCAAGGCUGGAAGAGCUGCAGAGAGAGGCUGACUCCAGGGAGGAUGCCAUUCACUUCUUGCAGAAUGAGAAGAUUGUCUUAGAAGUGGCUCUGCACUCAGCCAGGAGUGACAAGGAGGAACUUGACAGAGGAGCACGGCGUUUGGAAGAAGAUACUGAGGAGACAUCAGGACUUUUAGAACAAUUGAGACAAGAUUUGGCUGUCAAGUCCAACCAGGUGGAACACUUGCAGCAAGAGACAGCCACAUUGAGAAAACAGAUGCAGAAAGUAAAGGAGCAGUUUCUUCAGCAAAAGGUGAUGGUAGAGGCCUAUCGGCGAGAUGCUGCUUCUAAAGACCAACUCAUCAAUGAGCUGAAAGCUACCAAAAAACGCCUGGACUCAGAGAUGAAGGAACUGAGGCAGGAGCUGAUCAAGCUGCAUGGAGAGAAGAAGACUGUGGAAGUAGAGCACUCACGGCUGCAGAAGGACAUGUCCCUGGUUCACCAGCAGAUGGCAGAGCUUGAGGGGCAUCUCCAGUCGGUGCAGAAAGAGCGAGAUGAAAUGGAGAUUCACCUGCAGUCUUUGAAGUUUGACAAAGAGCAGAUGAUAGCCCUUACUGAGGCCAAUGAGACACUAAAGAAACAAAUAGAGGAGCUGCAGCAAGAGGCCAAGAAGGCCAUCACAGAACAGAAGCAGAAGAUGAAGCGGCUGGGCUCAGAUCUGACCAGUGCCCAGAAGGAGAUGAAGACUAAGCACAAGGCUUACGAGAAUGCUGUGAGCAUUCUCAGCCGUCGCCUACAGGAGGCUCUGGCUAACAAGGAGGCCACAGAUGCGGAGCUGAACCAGCUCAGAGCUCAGAGCACAGGUGGCAGCAGUGACCCUGCUCUACAUGAGAAGAUUCGUGCUCUGGAGGUGGAACUGCAGAAUGUUGGCCAAAGCAAAAUACUGCUGGAGAAGGAGUUACAGGAGGUGAUCACGAUGACAAGCCAGGAGUUGGAAGAGUCCCGGGAGAAGGUGCUGGAGCUCGAGGAUGAGCUUCAAGAAUCCAGAGGCUUCAGAAGGAAGAUAAAACGUCUUGAAGAGUCAAAUAAGAAGCUAGCUCUGGAGUUAGAACAUGAGCGAGGGAAGCUCACCGGCCUUGGACAAUCUAAUGCGGCUUUGCGGGAGCACAACAGCAUUCUGGAGACUGCACUAGCCAAGAGGGAAGCUGACCUGGUGCAGCUGAAUCUCCAGGUGCAGGCAGUUUUACAGCGCAAAGAGGAGGAGGAUCGCCAGAUGAAGCAACUUGUCCAAGCCUUACAAGUCUCAUUAGAGAAAGAAAAGACGGAAGUGAGCAGCCUGAAGGAACAGAUGGCUGCUGCCAGGGUGGAAGCUGGGCACAACCGCCGCCACUUUAAGGCAGCGACUUUGGAGCUGAGUGAGGUGAAGAAAGAAUUGCAGGCCAAAGAACACCUGGUACAGACACUGCAGGCCGAGGUGGAUGAGCUCCAGAUUCAGGAGGGAAAGCAUUCUCAAGAAAUAGCUCAAUUCCAGACUGAGCUGGCAGAAGCUAGGACCCAGCUCCAGCUCCUGCAGAAGAAGCUCGAAGAACAGAGGAGCCAGCAACCAACAGGGAGCCAAGAGAUGGAAGAUCUCAAAUGGGAAUUGGAUCAGAAAGAACGAGAGAUUCAGUCCCUGAAGCAGCAGCUUGACUUGACAGAGCACCAGGGCAAGAAAGAACUCGAGGGUACACAACAGACACUGCAGACUAUCAAGUCUGAGUUGGAAACGGUUCAGGAAGAUCUGUCUGAGACCCAGAAGGAUAAGUUUAUGCUUCAAGCCAAAGUGUCUGAACUGAAGAACAACAUGAAGACUCUGCUGCAGCAGAACCAACAGCUCAAGCUGGAUCUCCGCCGCGGUGCAGCCAAGAAGAAAGAGCCAAAAGGUGAGUCCAGCUCAUCCAGUCCAGCAACACCCAUCAAGAUACCAGACUGCCCUGUCCCAGCCUCACUGCUGGAGGAGCUGCUGAGGCCCCCACCCGCUGUGAGCAAGGAGCCCCUGAAGAAUCUCAACAGCUGUUUGCAGCAGCUCAAGCAGGAAAUGGACAGUCUACAGCGCCAGAUGGAGGAGCAUACCAUCACUGUGCAUGAGUCCCUGUCCUCGUGGGCUCAGGUGGAAGCUGCCCCAGCAGAGCAUGCCCAUGCCCGGGGAGACACAAAAGUACACAAUCAAAACAGUGUUCCUGGAGAAGGGCUGGGCCAAUGACCACUGUUGUCCUUAUCACCAAGUAUUUGUGGCUGUUGAAGGAAUACUCUUGUCAAUAUUAUUUAUUUGAUUGAAUGCUCUGGUGGCUUUUUUUUUUUUUUUUCGUUUUUUAAGAAAUUACUUAAAUUUCCCUUUACUUUUUAUCAAGGAUUAAAAUAACAAACAUCUGGGAGGUGGUGGCACACACUUUUAAUCCCAGCACCAGGAGGCAGAUGUAGGCAUGAUCUCUAUGAGUUUGAGGCCAGCCUGGUCUACAGAUCAAUAGUUCCAGAACAGCCAGGGCUACAAAGAGAGACUCUUGUCUCAAAAUAAAUAAAUAAAGGGAUGAGGCAAGAAUUAAAAACAUAGUCAUAGCUUUUCCCAUGAAAUGACCAAUUCUUAAAAACAUCAGAGUUUGGACUGCUGGUGAAGCCUGAGUGUGUAUAUCUGAACAGUCACUUGCAGAAGGAGAGAACUUCAUGUGUGGCUCAGACACACAUAAGACCUUUACUUUCCUACAUAAAUGAGUUUUUAUUUACACCUUUUGCUUUUUAUUUCAUUUGCCUUUCAAACUAUUCUACCUAAAUAGGAUGUAUAUAUAUAAAUACCAAAAGUCUUUUGAAAACAUACACCUAUGUUAUUUAAGGAUCUAAUUGUUUUACUACUGAUUUCCCUUUGAAAAUUUGCUACUGGGAAACAGUAUACAUGUAGCUGUAGGGGUGUCAGUUUAAAAAUGUAUUUUAAGAAGUAUAACUUAUUUUCUAUGCAUCCUAAAACCAAAUACUCUUGGCACAGAAAGAAUUGUGUUAGUUUUAGUCUUUUCAUUUCUGAGGGUCUUUUCUACCAACAUGUCCAUGAAUUAAUAACACUGACCUCUCAGGUCUGUGGCCUUACGUGGUUUUACUCACUUUGGCUUACCAACAGGCAGGGCCAGUCAGGCCUUGAGGUCAGUUAGCAGGGGACAAAAGGACCUCCAAGGUCUCCUCAUACUGACCUGAUAUUUGGAGAACACUGGUGGAGGCAGCCUUGGGCUGUGGGUUAUAGGCUGCAAACACUGUGUCCCAAAGAUGGUGUUUAUGAAACAGUGAAUGUCUGUCUGUGGCCAUCAGGAGCCACCAUGGACCUCUAUUGAAUACUUGUGGCACAACAAGCCAGAGUAAUACCUGGAAGAAGGUAGGCACUUUGGUUUUCUGAGACAGGGUUAAAAGACAAAAGCCUUGUUUAAAGUCAGCACUAAGUGUGUGAUUUAUUGCCGUCUGCUUCCCAAAUCAUAAUAAUAUUUACAUAGAACACCUGACUUGAAGUCUGUAAUCUUUGUGAAUGCUUGUGAAGAAAAUUUAAAAUAAAGUAGGUUUUUGAUCCAUGACUGUAACCCCAGCACUUGGGAGGUAGAAUCAGGAGGCGAAUCUGUUCAAGACUAGUUUUCAGCUACACAGCAAGUUUGAGGCAAGACUGGGUUACAUGAACCAUGACUUAGAAAGACAGACAAGCUGGAACAACAAGAGAAACGAUCUGGAACAGUGUUAGAAGGAAAAGGGAGAAAGACCUGAAGGAAGCUGUAAGCGUGAUCAGCUAGUUGGUGUCUUUGAGUGGGUUUCUUGUCUAUUUUAUGGAAAAUCAGUAUGGCAUUUUUAAUCUGUGUUCUCUUAUAAUAUCCUAUUAGAGCUGUAAAUGAUGUGGUUAAAGUAGAAUUAUCAGCAGUGAUGUCUGGUGUUUGAAAAAUAUUCUUUAGCAAGUAUUGGGACUUUGAAGUGUGUAUAUCACUUGUACAGGGUUAAUCUUAAAAAAAUCUUUAAAACGUUAUUGUAAAUAAACCCUUUUAAUCUCUAAGUUAGAAAUUAGAAAAAGAUGGUAAUUUACAUUAUUUAUUUUGUAUUUUUAAUGUCAAAACCAAGAAAUAGCUCUUGGUUUGGACUUACUCUGCAACAGAGCUAGUUUCUCCUAUGUAAAGAGAUCUUCAAGUGAGUUUUGUUGAUUGUGUUGUCUGGGGGAGGAUAAGCUAAUUCUGAACUCAUUCAGGUGAAGGUUGUUUUCAUGUCUUAACCCAUUUCUUCGGUUGCUUUGCUGUCCCAUAUGCACGUAUACCCUCAGAAAUGUCACUUCUUCUAAACUUUGUAGUCUGCCUUGUGAAUCCUUGGCUAGGUUCCUCUUGGUUCCAUGAAAGGUCUGACAUGUCUUGGCUUCUUUCUCUGUCCCUCUUUGCAUGUCAGUGUGUCUUUUCUCACAGUUGUGAUUCAGAGGACUCUUAGAUUGGAGCCGGGAUUCUCUUAGGGCUCUUUAAGUCACAUUGAAGUUGAGUUUUCAGGUUCCCUUUUUUUUUGUUUGUUUGUUUGUUUGUUUGUUUUGAGUUUUUCCCUUCUAUUUUCCCCUCUUAUUUCUAUUGUACUUGGCCUCCUUGAGCUUAUUCCUGAGUGAAUAUGGCUUGACUACUGUUGCCUCUGCAGCCAGACCUGGGGGUUUUAGUUUGCUCAUGAAAAACUGCAGGCAGGUAUGGAGAAUUGCUUUCUCAGGCGGGCUCACACCAUUGUGUACCAUUUCUGCAUAUAUCAUAUAUGCUGAAUCUUGUCCUAUACUGGACACCUUGGCUUGCAUGCUUUAUACUAUUAGUUUUCUUAUGUUUAAAAAUUACCAUGAAAUUUCUAUCUUUGUUUUUAUGGUAGACAUCCAAUUGAUGCUGUGAUUUUAGAUUUUUACACCAUGGGAGCAGGCAAUGAUUUUGAGAGAUGUGAGGCUGACUUUACGUGGACGUGGGAUACAGGGAGCUCAGAAGGUAGUCUUAGUGCAUAUAUCAAAAAGCUUGGUUAAAUUCUUCUCCAUUUCAAAAUAAACUUUCCAGUAUGUGGACACUGUAAAAGCCAUAGGCUUAUAGGUCACAAUGAUAUAUAUUUUUCAUAUAUUUUGAAACAAAAAUUGGCAGGAGAAGAUUCUGGAUUUAAAAGGGACCAUCAUAUUUGAAAAGUCCUGGAGCCUCAGAGGACCCCUGUGAUAAAAAUAAUACUGUGGCAUGAGAUAUCUCGAGUCUCAAUCUAACAUGCUCAGUAGUUUGGAAAUCUAGCCCAGUCUACUCUGUAGUGGUCGUAGGUUCUGACAGGAUCUUUGGGUCCAUGUACAGUUUGGAGGGUCCAACAUUUCAGUGCUUUUUGAGUUUCUCAUUUCUAUAAAAAGUUAUCUUACAAGGGAGUCAGUCUUCAUGUUGGGGCUUUCCCAGGGAAACUGUCAUCACUGGUAACAAACUGUAACUUUAAAAAGGCAUGUUGUUGCUGUUAUUGUUUUGCCUUCUUUUUUUAAUAUAAGUGUGCUUGGGAACUCCUUACAUUUUAUGCAAUAAACUAUUUUUGGUAAA